CACUGGUCUCGGUGUCGUCGUAUCCCAAGCUCGAACCAAGUCCCUCGCCUCUUGUGGGUCCUAAACCUAACACACCUCGUCAUUGCCUAGUGUACCGUAGGCUGAGCUUCAGCGUUCGUUGUCUACCCGAGAAGCUGAAUCAAAGCCAACUGGUAAGACAACCUCGGCCCGUCUCCGAAAUGGAUGAUGUGGUUCCUGACACACGAGUUUUCGUAUAGGAACUCAACACAACACGGUGUUGCCAUUGUCCAACUAACCCCUCACCGCCAACUUCUUCGCACUCCCCAUCAUGGGUCCUUCCAGCCACAAGCAGAACAACGGAUGGGUCGUGAUAGACAAGAAGUUUUCUACAAAGGGAUACACCAGGUCAAGAUCACCCCAGUACAACGGCGAUAAUGAGUCUUCUGGUGAAGUGGGCAACGCCUCUACGGACGGCAGCACCGUCCUCGAUCUCUCGGACGAGUCCAUGAACUCUGGCUGCGAUGACCAGUCGCCCCCAGACCGCAAAAAGGCUGGGUCGAACCGGUCGUCCACCGAGACGGGAUGCUCGGAUGAUACCGUGGUCGAUUUCAUGCCCGGCCAGGCGGCUCGGGACCGGACUACCACCACGGCGGCGCCCAGCAUUUGCUCGUCGAUUCCCCACCAUGCCCUGACCGAGGAUAACAUCGAAGCCCACCUGCGAGAGUUGGAAGAGCGCCUUGCCCGCGAUAUCUACGACACUGCUAGCAUGGAUCUCAUGUCCAGUAGGCACAUUGGCAUGCUUGCUGGCAACUCCAAGCCCAGCACCCCCAGCAGCGUCAGUCUCGAGUGGUCGUUCGUCCCGUUGCCUGUCCCUGACAACGACGACACGGCCUGGGCGGGUGCUUGGUGUGACCCGUCCAUUGAAGCUCUCCUCAGCAUGUCGUCGCAGCUGAGACUCGACGGCGAGUAGAGCCCCCUCCACGGGUUCUACCCUACUCCCUCUCAACGGUUGCAGCCUUCAUUGUCGCUUGCAGGCUUUUGACGAGGAUACCAUUCCUGUUUUGUUGCUGCAUCUCGUGUCGUGUGUCGAUAUGUUUCAUCUCUCUUGUUUUAUUUUUCUCGUUUCUCGGUUUAUUUGUUGGAUAAUACUGUGAUGCGCUGGCGGCUUCCUGUUUCCUGUUUCUAGUUUUUAGUUUCCAUCUUUGCUUUUAGUCUUGUCUUAUCAUUCUCUUUAAACGCGGCACAGGAUUGAAAUGGAUAGGGGUGUAUGGUAUGGACGGAGGCAAGGGUUCUGGGAUGAUAAGGGACAAAAUU